AUGCUCAAUGACCUGAAAUACCGAGGUCCAUUAAGAGUGUUUCUAAAGCUGUCUUCAGGUGGGAAAUGUGUAGGUAGGCAGGGAACAUCCUAUGAGAACAUGACCAUCAUUGUUGAAAACUAUGUGGAGAGCUUGAUAUCCAAGUAUCCAUACUGGAAUAGAACCCUGGGUGCAGAUCAUUUUUUUGUCACUUGUCAUGAUGUUGGUGUGAGGGCAACCGAAGGACUUCAAUUUCUUGUAAAGAAUUCGAUUCGAGUUGUGUGCUCCCCAAGCUAUGAUGUUGGAUUCAUUCCACACAAGGACGUUGCUCUCCCUCAAGUACUGCAACCAUUUGCUCUUCCAGCUGGAGGAAAUGAUGUCGAAAAUAGGACGACUCUUGGUUUUUGGGCUGGUCAUAGGAACUCUAAAAUUAGAGUUAUACUUGCACGUGAAUGGGAGAAUGACACAGAACUUGAUAUUGCGAACAACAGAAUAAACAGAGCUACUGGACAUCUAGUAUAUCAAAAGAAAUUUUAUAGGACUAAGUUCUGCAUCUGCCCUGGUGGUUCCCAGGUCAACAGUGCUCGCAUAGCAGAUUCAAUCCAUUAUGGAUGCAUCCCUGUCAUACUGUCUAAUUACUAUGAUCUGCCUUUCAAUGAUAUUGUUGACUGGCGAAAAUUCUCGGUAAUACUCAAGGAGAACGAUGUAUAUCAGCUGAAGCAAAUUCUCAAGAACAUAACUGAUGCAAAGUUUAUUGCUCUACACAAUAAUUUAGUUAAGGUCCAGAAGCACUUUCAGUGGAAUUCCCCUCCUAUCAGAUAUGAUGCCUUCCAUAUGGUUAUGUAUGACCUUUGGUUACGCCACCAUGUGAUCAAGUACUAAAUUGCAAUUGGACCCAAAGGUACCGGUUUUGGCUGAGGAUGAACACCACAUUGCAUGGGCAUAAAGCUUAUUCGUUAGUACCAACUUUCAAGCUUGUACAUUUUGAGUAUUGAACAUCUAGACUCCUUUUACACUGUUCAAUUGUAUGCUUCUUAAGUGCUUAUGUAUUGCGGUGCAUAGGUUCAGAGACGCGGAGCCCGUGAUACUCAUCCUUAAAUUUUAUGUGCUAUGUUGAAUAGAAAGUGUAUGAACAUCCCGGUGUGUGUGUGUGAUGGCAGGGAAGCCGAAAGCUUAAGCUUAUAAGCUGCCUCACUCAAUAGUAUGUACA